AUGGCCGACAUGUCCCAGAGGACCCAGCUGGCCGUGGGCACAGCCAGGGAGACGGUAAUGGCCGGGGCCGCCGAGGCUGGUCGGGUUGGACGACGCAUCGUCAAGAUGAUAUGGGAUCCGCAACCAUUCAACGACCGCGCCGCCAACAGGCCCGUCUGGUGUCUGGGCCGCUCUUAUACCCACGAGUCUCCCACCCGCAAGGCUCCCGCUUCCGAGGCCGCUGCAACCUCCGAGGGGACACCGCCGCCGACGCCGUCCGCCGCUACGUCACGCUCUACCCCAGCUGCCGGCCCCGAAACCGAAACGCCUCCCGACUCGAGUUCGAGCAGUGUGUCCUCGUCCCUGGCUUACGAGGCCUCGGCCGAGGACAACGGAUGGCCUCCUGCUUUCAUGGACGACUUCGAGUCCCGCAUUUGGAUGACCUAUCGAUCCAACUUCGAGCCUAUUGCCCGGUCUACGGACCCAAAGGCCUCUGCUUCUCUUUCCUUUGCCAUGCGCCUCAAGAGCCUUGCCGACCAAGGCGGGUUCCCAUCCGAUACAGGCUGGGGGUGUAUGAUACGCUCUGGACAGAGUCUCUUGGCCAACACUCUGUCAAUCUGCCAACUCGGCCGCGACUGGCGCCGAGGUACGGCUGACCGCGAGGAGCGUGAACUCCUAGCCCGCUUUGCAGACGACCCGCGGGCCCCCUACUCCGUUCACAACUUUGUCAGACAUGGCGCGGUUGCAUGCGGCAAGUACCCAGGCGAGUGGUUCGGGCCAUCAGCGACUGCGCGGUGUAUACAGGCUCUUGCCAGCUCCAACGAGCCGUUGUUGCGUGUCUACUCGACAGGUGACCUACCUGAUGUCUACGAGGAUAGCUUCAUGGCAGUCGCCAAGCCUGACGGCGAGACUUUUCACCCGACCCUGAUACUGGUCGGAACGCGGCUAGGUAUCGACAAGAUUAACCAGGUUUAUUGGGAGUCGCUCACGGCCACGCUUCAGCUGCCGCAGUCCGUGGGCAUUGCCGGCGGCCGCCCGUCGCAAUCACACUACUUCGUCGGGUCGCAGCGGGCAGGUGACAAUUCCGAGCCAGGGUCCUACCUUUUCUAUCUCGACCCGCACUUCACCAGACCCGCCUUGCCCUUCCACGAGGACGUUGAGAAGUACUCAAAGGAGGAUAUUGACUCGUGUCAUACGAGACGACUCCGUCGACUGCAUGUGCGCGAGAUGGACCCCAGCAUGUUGAUCGGGUUUCUGAUCAGAGAUGAGGAAGACUGGGACACGUGGAAAGACUCGGUGAGGUAUGUACAGGGCAAGGCCGUCAUCAGGGUCUCCGAACAUGAUCCCGCGCGUGGUCUUCCCGUGGAGCGAGAGGGCGCUAUUGAUGAGGUUGAGACCCUGAGUGAUGACGACGACGAUGACCCCGCCCUUGAUGCGUGA